UUAAUGGUGAGAAAGAACAUAUUUGGAUAACUCAUGAUGAAUCUACCUUUCAUACUUAUAAUGAACCGCAUGCCAUGUGGGGUCCAAAAGAAGAACAACCACUAAGGAAAAAAGGAUUGGGUCUUGGUGUACAUGUAAGUGACUUUUUAACAAAAACAAAUGGACCACUCAAAGAUGAUUAUAAAGAGGCAUGUGUAACAAUGGUAAUAGAUAUGCGUCAUGAUGGAUUUUGGGAUACCAAAAAACUUCUUGAACAAGUUAAACGGACAAUAAAUAUUUUUGAAAGAACACAUCCAGGAUGUAUAG